AUGGCGACCGUAUAUUCCCCGAAAAAAGGCCCCCGGGAAUAUGUCUCGUCCGUGUUGGACGGGACCGAUUCCUCGAGCCUCGACAUUGCGCCCCUGGGCGAACCAAAUGAAGAGCGUCGCUUCUGGUUUCAACGAGGCAAAGGCUAUGAUUCUGAAGCCGUUGCGACCCAGCCCUCCGUGUUUGACGACCCCGAUACUGCGAAGGAAUACCAGCCCCGCGCCGACUGGGAGAACCUGCAUCGAUUCGACCCGUCUGCACGAUGGACAUGGGGCGAGGAAUACAAGCUGAUCCGCAAGAUAGAUGUACGAAUUAUGAUCUGGACGUGUCUGAUGUUUAUGGCUUUGGAAUUGGAUCGUUCCAAUCUUCAACAGGCGUUGACUGAUAACAUGCUUCCUGAGUUGCAUAUGAACACCAAUGAUUACAAUCUUGGAAAUACUGUGUUCAAACUCUCGUUUCUCUGCGCUGAGCUGCCUUCCCAGCUUGUCAGCAAAUGGGUAGGACCUGAUAGAUGGAUUCCUAGCCAGAUGGUUCUCUGGUCUGCUGUUGCGAUGGGACAGUACGCACUAAAUGGCAGAACUUCUUUCCUGGUGUGCCGUGCUCUUCUUGGAAUCUUGCAAGGAGGAUUCAUCCCCGAUGUCAUCCUCUAUCUGUCGUACUUUUACAAACACCACGAGCUGUCUCUCCGACUGGGCUUCUUUUGGACUGCCAUGAAUAUCGCAGACAUUCUGGCUGGAUUUCUGGCAUUUGGUCUCUUGCACCUUCGUGGCGUGGAGGGCCAAUCGGGAUGGCGCUGGCUUUUCUUGCUCGAGGGCCUUUUGACUCUGAUCUUUGGUCUCGCUGCAUAUGUCCUGAUGCCGCCUGGUCCUUGUCAAACUGCAAACUGGGCUCGAGGAAAGUCCGGCUGGUUUACAGAGCGGCAAGUCAGAAGCCUGAAUCCAGAGGAGACUAUCAUCGUCAAUCGUGUGAUUCGCGACGAUCCAAGUAAAGGCACUAUGCAUAAUCGCGAGCCCAUCACGCCCAAGUUGCUUUGGAAGAGUCUUUGCGAUUACGAUCUGUGGCCUUUAUACAUCAUUGGGCUUACCUUUGGAACUCCAAUGACCACAGCCAAGCAGUAUCUUACUCUCACGCUCAAAGGCCUCGGUUUUAACACGUUUGUCACCAACCUUCUAACCAUCCCCACGGAAUUCCUCUCCAUCAUCUUCAUUUUAAUCUUGACCUAUGUCUCUGAGAUCACGAAACAAUUGACUUUGGUGUCCAUGCUCGGUCAAAUCUGGGCACUCCCAUUCUUGGUGUAUCUAUAUGUUGUGGACAUCACCAACGUCAAUAAAUGGACUGUUUGGGUUGUGAUGACACUUCUACUGGCUUACCCAAACGCACACGCCAUCCAAGUGGGUUGGAAUUCUCGAAACUCCAACGCCGUCCGAUCUCGCACCGUCUCCGCAGCCAUGUAUAACAUGUGUGUACAAUCUUCGGGAAUCAUCGCCUCAAACAUCUAUCGCGCUGACGAUGCACCCCGGUAUCGGAGAGGAAACCGGGUCCUGGUCGGACUGGUCGUAUCCAACAUUUUCAUCUAUCUAUUGACGAAAGUCUACUAUGUCUGGCGCAAUUCCAGUCGUGACAAGAAGUGGAACGCUUUGACCGACCAAGAGAAGGCUCAUUACUUGGCCACCACUAAGCAGGAGGGUAAUAAGCGACUUGACUUCCGAUUUGCCCAUUGA